AGACCCACAUUUGCCGGUGCAGUUUGCUGUAAACGCAUGUUUAUAAAAUCCGGACAUUACUUAGUCGAUAGAGAUUCACUUAAGAGACAACAUGCUGUUUAUAACUCUUGACAAAACAAGUAUUUGUAGUGUUUUACUUUUUUUAUGUUUUGUGGUAAAUAGUGUUUGGGCUGCUGGUCUUAAUGAAGAAUUCACAUGGACUAGGAUUGAUUUCGCUUGGCCCAGUGAUGGAAAAUUAACCCCACGUCUUGCAUACAGGGGUAGUCCUUAUGAGUCAGCCGACGAAGAAGCAUUUUAUUUUAGAGGGCCUACAAAUGCUGAAAAUGUGGCAAUUAAAAAUCACUCCAUAAUAAAUACCCAACAGACCGUAAAUAAAACUAAAUCGGAAUCAGUGACGUCACGAGGGUCAAUAGAUUAUCGGUACGUAAACAAUAUUCCAAUGGGAGCUAACGUAUGGGGAGACAAACUCUUUAUCACCAUUCCACGUAGAAGACUCGGAGUACCAUCCACACUCAACUAUGUACCAUUAAAUAGUAUAAAUAGACAUAAUGUUCCUUUAAUACCUUAUCCAAAUUGGGAUAUUAAUAUAUUUUCAAAUGGUAGUGAAAAUGCACAAAAUUUUGUAUCAGUUUACAGAGUUGCAAUCGAUUCAUGUGACAGAAUGUGGUUUGUUGACACGGGUAUUAUAGAAAUCGUUGGGAACCCACAAACAAUUAAACCUCAUCAACUGAUUAUCAUUAACCUGAAAACAGGGGCAGUUACUCAUCGAUUUAAUAUACCUGCGGAUUAUCUAACUCCGAGAACAAUUCUUUCAAGCGUUACUGUUGAUGUUACAAAAGAUACUUGUGAUGACGCAUUUGCAUAUUUUCCUGACUUAGCAGGAUUUGGUCUGACAGUAUUUAGUCUUUCAGAAGAACGAUUUUGGAGGGUAAAUCACAACUACUUCUAUGUUGAACCACUAGCGGGAGAUUUUUUUAUUGCCGGUCACAAUUUCCAAUGGAGCGAUGGUGUAUUUAGUGUAGAACUAGGAGAAUUAAAACAAGAUGGCUUUAGAGACAUGUAUUUUCACUCAAUGGCUGGAACUCAUAUGUAUAAAGUAUCCACAAAGAUAAUAAAAAAUCAAACUCUAGCCACAAGAAGUUAUCAUGGAGAUGAUUUUGAGGUGGUUGGGGAUCGCGGCCCACAAUCUCAAACAGCAAUGGCAGAUUUAAACAAAUCAACUGGCGUUAUGUUUUUGGGAUUAGUCAAUCAGAACGCAGUCGGAUGUUGGAACACAAACAGUAACUUAAAUACUAUUUCAAUAGUUCAAAAGGAUGACGAAAGAAUGAUUUAUCCGUCCGAUGUAAAAGUAUAUGGUGACAAAGUUUAUAUUCUAACAAACACCAUGCCCGAAUUUCUUUACGGAAGGCUGGAUUAUGACAGAGUUAAUUUCAGAGUGUGGUCUAAUGAUAUUCAUAUCGCAAUAACUGGAACUAGAUGUCAAAGACGUUAACUUGCUUAAUAAAUGCUAUGCUUUUUUAGUAUUA